AUGAUGAGAAGAGAAGAUAGCAGCACAACAUCAAUUAACAGCAGGUGCCAAGACUGUGGAAAUCAAGCAAAGAGAGAUUGCGAGCAUUUGAGGUGCAGGACUUGCUGUAAGACCCGAGGUUUCGAGUGCCAAACGCACGUGAGAAGCACGUGGGUUCCGGUCUCCCAACGGCGGCCCAGGCACUGUACCGUGCGCCAGCACCACCAGAUCGCAGCCACUGUUGACCAACAGCACUAUGGACCAAACCCUAAAAGAUACAGAGAAACUUUAGGGUUAGGAGAAGGAAAAUUUCCUGGUGAGUUUACUUCUCCUGCAGUUUUCAGAUGUGUUCGAGUGAGCUCAAUUGACAAUUUAGUUGAUCAAUACGCAUAUCAAACAUCGGUGAGUAUUGGAGGCCACAUAUUCACAGGUAUUUUAUAUGAUCAAGGUCCUCAACUGGAAGGAACUGUAAAUUAUGUAACUGUAGAGGGCUCUGGCCUUGGCUUUUUGCAGCAGCCUAACUUUGCCACUUGCGCCGGUACAACUGCAGAUGCCACUGGUACAACCGCCUCUUCAUAUCCAAGCCCUUUUUGUGCAUUUACCACUGCAACCAAUUCCCAGUUUUUCCAAUACCCAAAAUCCUGA